AUGAAGUCCGUGAAGGAACGCGAUGUUGCUGGCAUGGCGGCAUUUGAGUUGGCCCUGCAGUACAGCUUUAUCCGGCAGGAUCGUUCCUACCACUUUGUGCAGCUGCUGACGGCGCUGUGCUCCUUCGUAUUUUUCUCACAGCUGACGGCUCUCAACGUGCUUCUUGUGCUGCCGCCUCUGGUGCCGUCGGUGGAACCGCAUGUGGAAUUCCUGCGCGCCUACAGUCAUCCGCUCUUGGCGGUGCUUUCUCUGGUGGCGCUGCUGUUGAUCCGGGCUAGCAAGAAGCGCUUCGUCAUCGAGCCCGGCGAGCAAACGAUGGAGCGGCUCAACCGCGAUAUUCUAGAACCGUGCCUUGGCAUGAAGUUCGACACGCGCACAGGGAUGCUGUUCUCUGACUUCCGCGCCGGCAGUCUGCGCGGGCGAGAAAACUACUAUUCCCUUCGCUACCUCGAUGACCCACAGCCGCCACUAACUUCCGUGACAGGGAUGGGGGGUUGA